AUGGCUGGUGAUUCUGAGAAGGCCAGCAGAAGUAGAGACCAAUCUCUUGUGUCAUUCUUCAACAAAAGAACAAGGAUAGAUAACCCAUCGUCAUCUUCUUCUCCUUCUUCAUCAGAGUCAUCCAAAUUCUGUCUGAAUGAUCUGAAAGAUCUAUUGAUUGAAGUUUUUCAAAGGCUACCUACCACCAAAUCUGCCAUUCUGUGCAAAUGUGUCUGCAAGAAUUGGUACUCCUUGAUUUCUACUCCCUUUUUUGCUUGUCGCUUUAUAACCCACAAUUUCAAUCGUCAGUACAAGCAAAACCCAUCUGCACUUAUCAUCAAUUUUCUUGAUCUCACGGGUAAUGGAGUACUCGCAUUUUCUGAUGAACCCAUUUUCAAAUUUAGUGGAUUUGGGCUCAACUAUCUCCCUGAGAGAAAGGGGUUGGUUAAGGUUUCAGCUAUUUUCAAUGACUUGAUGUUGUGCUCGGUAGAUGAUUUUGGAGUUGGAAAAAUACGAUAUUAUAUAUGUAAUCCAUUUACAAUGCAAUGGGUUUCCUCCCUAUGCAUGAAUAUGGAAGAGGCAUGGAACAUCAAAACCAUGUGGGAUUUGUUUGUGAGCCUUAUUAUUUUGAAGAUAGCCAAGGAAAAUGUACCAUCAAUUGCAGAUAUCGUUCUUGAAGGUUCAGGAUAUGAAUGGUUGACUAAUGUUGUUGAAUACAAUAGGAAGUUGCUUUGGUACAAUGGCAAGCAAUUUUUUGCUUAUGAUCCCUUCAAUCCAGAGCUAUCCACUUUUAUUGAUUGCUCUUAUAUCCAAUCCACAAAGAUUUUGUAUACUGGUGAUUAUCGCAUUGGGGUGUGUCAGGGCUUUCUGCAUUUGAUGGAAUUCGUAGAUUUGGGCAAUAGUCGAACUUUGAUUAUCUGGAAACUCAGGGAUUAUGAUAAGUGGGAAUGGAGCUUGGAAGACCAUUUUGAUCUUGACGCAAUGAUUCCUGGAAGUCCCUUGGUCCAGGCAAUUUUAGGUGAUAGCGAGCACAUGUUAGGACCGCUGGCUUUCCACCCAUGUGAUGGGGAUAUUGUGUAUUUGCACUUUGAAAAUUUUGUCAUCUCAUGCAACAGGCGGACAAAAGAGUUGAGAAUGGCGGGUACAAUUCCAGGUGACAGCUACUUUUAUAGUCUUGGAAAGGUCUUCCAUAUUGAACUCCCAUUGUGGCCUACUCCAAUUGCCUCGCCGAUUGAAAUCCUUCCGUUUUAUUGA